GUAUUUUGUGUCUUUUCUUCUCUGUCUUCAAGAGGCGAAGGUAGCGGGGUAAGUGAAAAGCCAGUGGAGGUAUUAUUCGUGCUUCGUUUUCCUCGUCGCCGUCCAAUCCCGAGCUGUUGAAAUCACCCAGAGAAAAGCUGGAGCUCCCUGGAAACGAUGAGCCAACCCAUCCUGUAGGGCUUAGCAGAAUUUCUCGGGAUAAUACCAUGACACCAUCAUUCCAGAUGGAAAAGAUGCAUCCCAAGAUAGAUGGUGCACUGUUGAAAACUGCUGUUGGUUCAAGUUUUUCUACUGCUGUGAGUGCCUCCAUAAACACUGGCCGUAAUUGUCCCUCAAUACCAAAGUCAUCUUUGCCCUCCCCUGGAAAGACACUGAAUAAUAAAGAACUUGACCCUGUGCCUCCAGUUGGGGAGAAGAAGCCAGAAGAUUAUUCAUAUAACAGGAAGGUUUUACAUAAGAGAUUCUCAGAGAGAGAAUUCGAUUUUGAUAUUUACUGCGGCGUCACCGAUGGGGAAACCAAGAAACCCUGCAUGAGGACUUUGACAUGCAAGAUACAUUCCUUAACCCAGAAGAGAGCUGUGCAGGGCCGAAGACAGAGAUUUGACGUAUUGUUAGCCAAACACAAAAGCAAAACCAGCGAAAAGAAAUGGCCUCAAUGUCCGGACCGGCAGAUGCCGCCUCUCGGGGAAUCAGCUCUCUCCCCUUUGGAAACUUCCCAAGAGCUGCACCCCAAAACUCGCAGAGUGACUCCUAUUCCAAAGCCUUUAGCCGCAAAUAAGCCCGAACCUCAAAAUCCCAGUCUUCCACGGCCUCCAAGCUGCCCAUCUCAAUUCGGCAGGAAUGACCCCGGCGACUCUCCUGCGGUCCACGACUCUCCCCACCCUCCCGUCGGGGCCGCGGAGCAAGGGUCGCGGUUAGACAGCGACAACCCGGGAGCAGCUGUCAAAAAAGAAGAGCCUGUUGAAAAACCGGAUUGUCAUUAUUCAGAUCGUCAUCCCCGGCCAGCAUCCUUCUGCACUUUUGGGAGUCAGAGGAUUGGAAGAGGUUACUAUGUUUUUGAUAAGAAGUGGAACCAUAUCCAACGUGCGCUUCAUUCGAUGCUUGACGGCAUCUGAAUUCACAGUUGGAAAAGUGAAGAGCAGAGGCGCGGAGGAGCGUCUACUCGGAAAAGGAAAAACAACCUCUCUGGGAUCUGGAGCUGUUAAAAUGACUACAAAAAUGAAGAAAUCAAUGCUUUCGCAGUGGACCUAAGCUGCCGGCAGCCUCACCUCAAUCUCUCGAAAGUGGGAUGUGUAAAAAAUGAGUUCUGGGAAUGUGUUGUCUGCUUUGAGAACGAGCAUCCCAUGGGAAAUGAGCUCAAGAAUUCCUUUUGGUGGCGGAUCGCUAAACCCUCUCCCACGAGACAUGAAGAAUUGCCACCACUUAACUUAGGAGAAUUGCCCAGAGUGUUCCAGGAUUCUGUUUUGCUGUCUCCUUUCGUCUUAGGCCAGCUAAAAUUGUAUCUGAGUGUGGGGGGCAGUCGAAGACUGGAUGGAGGCAGCGUCCCGUGGAGUUCCUGGGCUCCACGGUACCGUGACAUCUGGGGAGAGCAAAAUAACCGUUAACCCACCGCAUGGGGAAUUUCAGUUUAGACAUAAGAAGGAACUUCCUGACUAGAUUAUUUGGAACGAGUUACCCCCUUGAAUGCAGGAGAAGAGCCAGGUCUCUUCUGGUUCUGGAAUUGCUUUUGAAGCGUUUGAAUAAAACAGUUGUUCCUCUCA